AAUAUGCUUCUACGUUUAUUUGUUAUUAAAAAAUAAUAUAGUUUUUUUAAUACAUUUCAAAAAUAUCGAAAAAAUCCUUAAAUGUCUGCAGUUACAUUUGCCAUUCAUCAAACGUACUAUUUUUCAAACUUAUGGAAGAAAUUAUACCCAAGAUCCAUGUAUCCUCACAAAAUAUACAUAAAUCUCUCAUUAUGUUCCAGUAAGAGCGAUAUCGAAAAAAAUAAAAGUUAUAACACUCCUCAUCCACCUAAAGAUCUCCCAGAAUACUACAAUCCUUCUUGUAUGAAACAUGAAGCCAUAGAGACACCAGAUUUUAUACCGCCAUCUGUUUUUCGUCGAUUUAGUUCAAAGUAUGAGACGUUGGGACCAGGAGCCGACAAAAGAGCAUUUUAUAAAAAUCCAGAAUAUUACUCGUAUCACCGCUAUUCUUUUGCAGCAUUGCAAAUGACAUGUUUAAGUAUUCGUGAGCAGCGAAUGAAGGAGUCAAAUAUACGUUGUAUCUAUGGUUAUGAACAAAGUGAUGAUGAAAAAUAUAGCAGCGACGAGGAUGGGUAAUAAUUGCCGUAAAGCAUUUUUGAAGUAACCUUACAUGUUUAUGAAAGACAUUUUAUUUUCAAUAAAAGCCUU